AUUCGGCGCACAGAAGGCACACCAAGACGCCAUUUUAGAAGUCGUUGAUUUUGCCCCUGUCGUGUUUGAAAGUUUUUUUUGGGAACAUUUUACGUAGGAAACAUGUCUGGAGGAAGUGUAAUCAGAGGUCCAGCGGGUAAUAACGACUGUCGGGUGUAUGUGGGGAAUUUACCCCCCGAUAUUCGCACCAAGGAUGUGGAGGACGUGUUUUAUAAAUACGGAGCGAUUCGUGAUAUCGAUCUGAAGAACAGGAGAGGAGGACCACCUUUCGCUUUUGUUGAAUUCGAGGACCCCAGAGAUGCUGAGGAUGCAGUGCAUGGACGAGAUGGCUAUGACUAUGAUGGGUACCGUUUGCGGGUGGAGUUCCCCAGGAGUGGCAGAGGUGGUGGAAGAGGUGGAAUGGGUGGUGGUGGUGGUGGUGGUGGUGGUGCUGGUGCUGGAGCCCCCAGAGGCAGAUAUGGCCCUCCUUCUAGACGCUCAGAGUACAGGGUCAUAGUUUCAGGACUCCCUCCUAGCGGAAGCUGGCAGGACCUGAAGGACCACAUGCGUGAAGCAGGUGAUGUAUGUUACGCUGAUGUUUUCCGAGAUGGCACCGGUGUUGUGGAGUUUGUGCGCAAAGAAGACAUGACCUAUGCUGUGCGAAAGCUGGAUAACACUAAGUUCCGCUCCCAUGAGGGUGAGACCGCUUACAUCCGUGUAAAGGUGGACGGCCCUCGCAGCCCGAGCUAUGGUCGCUCGCGCUCUCGUAGCCGCAGCAGGAGUCGGAGCAACAGCCACAGUCGCAGCUAUUCUCCACGUCGCAGCAGAGGAUCUCCACGCUAUUCACCCCGUCACAGUCGCUCUCGUUCCCGCACCUAAACACCUACAAAACAGUCCUGCCACAACCACGUACCCUGUGUCACUGUUGGACCCACUGCCGUACCUCAUCGCUUUUUCGAUCUGCCUCCACCGCUUUGGUUUGCAGUUAAAUUUGUGCAAAAAACCCAACCAAUUAUUUAAUCAUUUGGAUAACAAUCGAAGCAUACCUAAGUGGGUGUACCCAUGUCUUUUUUUUUCUAUCAUCUUAUAACCCUUCCGAGUGUUUUGUCCUUUCUUAACCUGUCUCUACCCCUUGUGUCUUUCGUUCUGCAUUUGUAUUUUAACUGGAGUUUCGUACCUUUUUGUUUGUGUUUAGAUAUGGAUGAUGAUCAAAUGUGAAAGAUGUCGCAGGGACUUCAUUGUUUUUUGUUAGCAUUGGGGUUUUUGGUGGAAAAACUGGGGGGUAGGGGGUAGUUUGCUGAUUAGGUUUUUGUUGCAAAACUGUUCUGUUUUUACCUUUUCAUGUGUCUUUCUAUAGACAACAGAGGAGCAGGAUUAAAGAGUGCUUUGGAAUAAAGGAUUGUCAAGCACAGUUCAUUCAUAUUAGGAUAAAGCGUUUUUGGAGGAGGAGCAGGGAUUUCAAUAUUGGCAAUGGUUUGGAUUGGAGAAGGGCUCACUGUUUCCCGAUCCUUGGAGCCGGAUCAUUGGAUCAGUUCAGGAUCAGGAGCAGGCUUAGGAUUAGAAUAAGGAUGGAUACGUACAUGGAGCGGGAUCAAUUUACCGGGAACGGGAACCAUAGGAGAGGAUCCCAACCCCAAACCGCACCAAAUGGAGAUAACAAAAAGCGGAAACAUUUUCAAUUGGCUUCUCUAAAAUCAAAUCAGAUUUUUUUUUUUUGCUUUUUGCUUUUUCGGAGCCUGACCAAAGAUGCGCACGUUGAAGGGAUCCUGCAUAUUUUUAUGCUUUUGGUUUAAAGUGGAGCAGAGCCAGGAACUGGGAGGCUGGAUCAAUUGCUUUGGAUGGAAUCUGCAUGAGGAGCUUGGUAAAUAGAGGCAUUUAGGGUUUUGGGUGGGCUGGGUGGUGGGGGUUGUAGUUUAUUUAGAGAUACAAAUUUCCAUAGAGUUUGUAAAAUUUCUGUUUUGUUUGUUUUAUUAUUAGAAAAUUGACAUGUUGGAAUUUGUGGGUUUUCUAAAUUGGCUACUUCCAAUUUUUAGUUUAUACUAUUUGUUUUUUUUCCCUUCUCCCUUUAAAUAAAGUCUAAAAUUGC